AUGAUAAUGUUUGCAGUCUCUCGUCACCUAGCAGCACACAGCUUCCAAUUUGGCAAGGCCACCCAUGGCGCCUCAAAAUUCCUUGCCUCGGCAGCCGAACUUGAUGGCACUAAGCACUUCCCAGCUCAGAUGCAGGCUUAUCUAACUGGUUAUGAAGUGGCUGAUAUUGCCCAGUUGUCAAAACCCAAAAAACGUAAACCAAAGUCAGGUGAUUGGCCAGUUUCUGCGGCCGUCCGCAUGUCAAGCUUUGUGGCUGAAAAGACUGAAGGAGUCAUUAAGCAAUGGCCCUGGACCAAGACCGAUUGGAAACUUGCCAAAAGGCAGUAUAAACUUGUGCUUCUCCCCGGAGCAAAGACUAAGCUUCAGUGGCUCAAGACGCCCAGUCGUCUCAUGCAUGUUGAUUCCGACACUAUCAUACAUCUUGAUCUUGACAAAAACCUCAUUGAUGUUGUCUAUGACCCUGAUAUACCUGAUUACGUUGACGAACACGAGUUCUAUGGUACAACCUCCUCUUCCUCUCAACACUCCCCCUCCCCUUGCCCUUCCUAG